GUAUCCACCCUUAUUCCUUCCCUCCCGUUUCACUUUGUUUUCGUUUCGUUUCGUUUCUGGAUUGCAGUCCACACAGUUUAGCUGUCGCCCGUUGGUCCGUCUUUUCCGAUUGAUCCCAAUCCCGAUCCCAAGACGACUGCUGUACUGUACUGUACUGACUCGACUCAUCACCGCCCUCCUCCUCUUCUCUUCGACUUCUCUUUAAUUCAUUCACACCAAGCAACCGACCAACAAGACUUCAGAUAGGUGGUACGGUACAAGUACAUUCACUCGCUCUCUCAGCUUCUCUUCUUUGGGGGUGGCCAGUCGAUAAUCCUUUAAGCCCAUUUUUCCAGAUUGAAUUGAGAGGUUUUUACUGCUUUCCUCGAUGGGACUACUGUAAAUGGGGGUGUCACAGGACAACAGGUCGAGGGAUCAUCAUUUGCGGCGUUCUCCCCACACUCGGAUUACUAAUACUACCACCGAUAAUGCCAGGUUUCCCAGGAACAAAUCAAGAUUUUGUGCAAGAUGGUUUCGCUUCAAGAAACUUCACUACCUGCAUACAGUUUGCAGUCUCUCUAUUUUCUUUGCUUGUCUUAUCCUCCUUGAGAUGCUCUUGCCGGGGUUUGUGUCGGAUGAUGACAAAAAGUCACACCGAACCAUCAGUAGUUCGUUCAGGUGGACGAAGGGAGAUGUCGUCGAUCACGGGAACUUGUCAUUCUUGAAGGAAUUGGAUUUUGGCGACGAUGUCAGAUUUGGUCACUUGAGCAUCGAUACCAAGUUUCAAAAGCGAGACGCCGAAACUAGUGUUGCUUCAAGAAAGCUUGCUAGAUACGGGUAUAGGAAACCCGCCCUUGCAUUGGUUUUCGCAGAUUUGUUGGCCGAUCCACAUCAGAUACAAAUGGUCACUGUUGCUACAGCAUUGGUCAAGAUUGGCUAUGAAAUUCAGGUAUUCUCACUUGAAGACGGUCCUGUGCAUGCUAUUUGGACAGAUAUGGGGUUUUCCAUUCGUGUGAUCAGAGCUGAUGAGAGCAUGAAGUUCAACAUAGACUGGCUAAACUAUGACAGCAUACUGGUGAAUUCUCUCAAAGCUGUCGGUGUCUUGUACAGUCUCAUGCAGGAACCCUUCAAAUGUGUACCUCUGGUGUGGAACUUCCAGGAACAAGCACUCGCUGAACGAUUGAGGCAUUAUGUUUUGAGAAAUCAGUCUGAGCAGGUCGAGAACUGGAGAAAAGUUUUCCACAGAGCUACUGCUGUAGUCUUCCCAAACUAUUUUCUUCCGAUGGCCCAUUCAACAUGUGAUCCUGGAAACUUUGCUGUUAUCCCUGGCUCUCCGAUGGAAGCAUGGAAAGCUGAUCGGUUUCGGGCUUUUCACAAAGACAAUACAAGGCUGAAGAUGAGCUAUGGGCCAGAUGAUUUUGUUGUCACGAUUGUUGGAAGCCAGCUACUGUAUGGCGGGCAGUGGCUUGAACAUGCACUUGUUUUGAAGGCUCUGUAUCCAGUGUUUCAAGAUUUUAACAAAUCAGAUUAUUGUCUUAAAGUAAUAAUCUUGGCUGGGGACUACAUGAGCAACUACAGUCACGCUGUUGAGACCGUUGCACUUAACUUAAAGUAUCCGAGUGAAACAGUCAAGCAUGUGGUCGUUGGUGAAGAUGCAGACGCUGUUCUAAGUGUUUCGGAUCUUGUGAUAUAUGGAUCCUUCCUUGACGAACACAUCUUUCCGGGGGUUUUGCUGAGGGCAAUGUGUCUAGGAAAACUUAUAGUUGCCCCUGAUCUUCCCAUGAUCGUGAAAUAUGUUACAGACAAAGUGACAGGAUACGUUUUCCCAAAGGAGGACAUUGGGGCUCUAACAGAAGUUGUGUUUCAACUGAUUUCUUAUGGUAGCCUUUCUAUUUCGGCUUGCAAUGUGGCAUCAUUUGGAUUCCUUUCAGCUAAAAAUUUAAUGAUAUCCGAAAAUGUGGAGGGCUAUGCUUCACUGUUGGAAAAUAUUCUCAUGCUCCCUUCUGAAGUUGAACUUCCCAGGACCACUAAAGUGGUUCCUUCAGAGCGGAAAGUUGAGUGGCAGUGGCAUCGUUUUGAAGAUAUUACCAGUGAUUCUGGCUCUCCAUACCAAAUGAGGAUUAAUACAUUUUUAGACAGGGUCGAAGAGCAAUUCAAUUGUACACAUGAAGAGCAUUCCAUGGCAUUAGGCACAAUCAAUGAUACAUUUGUGUACAACAUCUGGGAAGAGCAAAAAUAUGUUGACAGGGUUUACCUGAAGAGAAGAAGAGAAGAAGAAGAGCUGAAGGAUAGAACUGAUCAGCCUCUUGGAACAUGGGAUGACAUAUAUAAAAGUGCCAGAAGGCCCAGCCGCAUAUUGCGUGAAAGGGACGAUGGAGAACUUGAAAGGACAGGGCAACCUCUAUGCAUCUAUGAACCAUACUUUGGAGAAGGAACAUGGCCCUUUUUGCACCAUACCUCACUCUAUCGAGGUAUUGGACUGUCCUCGAAAGGUCGAAGGCCUGGAGCUGAUGAUAUUGAUGCACCUUCUUGUCUUCCACUACUCAAUAAUUCUUACUAUCGAGAUGUCCUAGGAGAAUAUGGAGCUUUCUUUUCCAUUGCUAAUAAAAUCGAUCACAUACAUAAAAAUGCUUGGAUUGGGUUUCAGUCUUGGAGAGCAACUGCAAGAAAGGAAUCAUUGUCUAAGACUGCUGAAAUAUCAUUGUUGAAUGCUAUUGAAUCAAGACAACAUGGCGACACAUUAUACUUCUGGGUCAGAUUGGAUAUGGGCCCACGAGAUGAGCUAAAGCAGGAUUUCUGGUUAAUUUGUGAUGGUAUAAACGCUGGAAAUUGCCGGUAUGCGUUCAUGGAGGCACUGAAAAAGAUGUAUGGUAUAAAACAUAACUCGAGUUAUCUUCCCCCGAUGCCUUUGGAUGGAGGACUUUGGUCUGCCUUGCACACUUGGGCUUUACCAACUAAGUCCUUCUUGGAAUUUGUUAUGUUUUCAAGGAUGUUUGUCGAUGCACUGGAUGCACAGUUCUAUGAUCUGCACCGUAGAACCGGGAAAUGCUGUUUAAGUUUCUCCAAGGGCAGGGAUUGCUACUCUCGUUUGCUCGAGCUGCUCAUAAAUGUUUGGGCGUACCAUAGUGCAAGGAAAAUGGUGUACAUCGACCCCGUGACAGGGCUCAUGCAGCAACAGCACGUGCUGAAUAGCAGAAGAGGGGUAAUGUGGGUCAAGUGGUUCGAUGUGAGCACUCUGAAGAGCAUGGACGAGGAGCUGGCAGAGGAGUAUGACUCGGAGCAGCCGCAGAGACACUGGCUGUGGCCAUCGACGGGGCAAGUGUUCUGGCAAGGUAUGUACGAGAAGGAGAGGGAUCUGAGGAACAAGGAAAAAGAAAGGAAGAAGCAAAAGAGUAAGGAGAGGAUAGAGCGGAUGAAGAGGCGUGCCCAUCGUCAGAAAGCCUUGGGGAAGUAUAUGAAGCCCAGAGACAGGUAAGACUCUGAUCGAUUGGUUGGUUGGUUGGUUGUGAAUGGAUGGGGAGAUGGACAUCCCCAUCCCACCCCACCCCAUCCAGGGGGGAUGUAAAGUGAAGGUGGUCGGGAGGGGUAGUGCCAUCCUUUCCUUUCUUUGGACUGACGGACCACCUCUUUUGAGGGUUGUUUUUGUGAGUGGUGUUUGUUUGAAUGAAUGAGCGGCGAGGUUUGUUCUUGUGUAAAUAGUGAGUUUGAUUGAUUCUGAGUAGUUAGUGUGUUUGAUCUCAAUCAUUGUUUCUUUCUUGGGGUGGGUGUAUCAUGAUACUUGGAAUGGAUUUUGUGUUUGGACUUGUUCCCUUGUCAACAACAACAACAACAUCACAUCAUCCCUCCUCCUCAUCCUAGAGGUCUGAUGCCUGAUGAUGUCCAGCCAUCCCCAUCCCCAUCCCCAUCCCGUGUUUGUGC